GUGUCUAAGUAUAGGUAUAGCGUAAGCGUAUAGUGUAAGCGUAUAGUGUAAGCGUUAGAGAUAAGUAUAUCUAUGUAUAUGUAAGGAUAGGAAUAAAUCGUCAGUCAUAAAACAGUACUCGAUUAAGCAACACGCAACUCUAUAAUAGUUGGCGACGAGGAUAAAGCUACCGAAAAAGUCAAAGUACACAAGUCUAAAGUCAUGUCGUUAAUCGGUGAAAUUGAACCAUUUGUCAUGGGCGAGAGCAUCAGGGAGUACUUGGAACGUAUGGAUAUUUUUCUCCAAGUAAACGAGGUGGAACCAUCGAAGAAGACGAUUAUGUUGCUGACCUUGGGUGGAGCGUCGCUGUAUAGCCUCAUAUCAAAGCUGGUGUUGCCUGAACAGCCAAAAACGGUGAACUAUGAGAAGCUGUGCAUUAAGCUACAAGAGCAGCUGGAACAGAAAGUCAACGUAGUAGCGGAACGGUUUAACUUCAGAAACUGUCUGCAAAAAGAUCGGUCGGUUGCAGAGUACAUCGUUGAACUAAAAGCACUCGCACAAUCGUGUAAAUUCACGUGCUGUUUAGCACAAUGCUUGCGAGAUCAACUAGUAGCUGGUGUUCGAGAUGAAGGAUUACGAAAACGUCUUCUACGAGAGUCGGAUUUAACAUUCGAGAGUGCAGAAAAUAUCGCCAGAACGUGGGAAGCUGCAGAUGAACAAAACGAAACGUUUGCAGCGAAGGAGAAACCGAGGGAGAUGGCGGUGAUAAAGUGUGCGCCAAAAAGAAGCGUCGGUCCGAAAGUGCACUACUACCGUGGAAGCAGUACACCUAUACAUCAACAGAGCAGUGCGCAUAAGCAGGAGAGCAAGUGUUACAGAUGUGGAAGAGCGCAUAAUCCACAGACAUGUCCUGCGCGUAUGUGGCAGUGUUUCACUUGUAAGAAGUAUGGUCAUGUGUCGUCGUGUUGCCGAAAUACUAACGUGCAUAGUUUGCGAUCGGAAUAUAGGGAUGUGUCACUAACACGCAUAUUCGAUGAUAACGCGAUUAGUAGUCCAGAAGUGUGCGUACUAAAAGUUAAUGAGAAAGACGUUGCGUUUGAGAUAGACUGUGGUGCGUGUAAUACAGUCAUACCGGAGAGUGUGUAUAACGAAAAAUUUGCCAAUAUCGAAUUAGAACAAACACAUUUGCGUUUUAUUACGGCAUCGGGUCAACGUGUAGUACCGUUAGGAAAAAUAUGUGUAAAUGUAAGCACAAAGAGUAAAACGGUCAGUCUAGAAAUAACAGUAAUCGCAACUGAAAACAAAGGGAAUCCUCUACUAGGUCGUGAUGCGUUAGACAUAUUAUUUCCUAAUUGGCGAAAAAGUUUUAAUUUAAAUCAAAUUGAUACCGAUAAAUGGCUUGAAGAAAUAAAAAAAAUGUUUCCGAAUUUAACAAACGGUGAUCAUAAAGAAGCGAUAGAAGGAUUUGAAGCGAAUUUAGUGUUAAAGCCAAACUAUACACCCAUAUUUCACAAAGCGUAUUCAGUGCCGUUCGCUCUAAUUGAAAAAGUAGAAGCCAACCUAACUAAAUUAGUGGAUGACGGUAUACUUGUACCAACACGUACAUCGGCGUGGGCGAGUCCUAUAGUGGUGGUAGGAAAAAAUGAUGGCUCUGUACGCAUUUGCUUGGAUGGAAAAGCUUCAAUAAAUAGGUACCUUUCGGUUGAACAUUACCCAUUACCGAGGAUUGAUGAUAUUUUGGCAAAAAUUGCAAAUUGGAAAGUGUUUUGCAAAAUAGAUCUAACAGGAGCGUAUUUACAAGUUAAGCUAUCGGAAAGUUCUCAAAAUGUGUGUACGAUAAAUACACAUAAGGGUUUAUAUAAGUACACUAGAAUGCCAUUUGGAGUACAAUCAGCACCUGCAAUAUUUCAAGCUAUAGUCGAUCAAAUAUUGUUAAAUACUAAAGGCAUUGCGUAUAUGGACGACAUACUAGUUGGUGGAGAAAACGAAAAACAAUGCAAAGAAAAUUUAUGUGAGGUUUUAAAAAAGCUAGAAAUUCAUAAAGUAAAGAUAAAUGAAAAAAAGUCGGAAUUUUUUAAAACUGAAGUAGAGUACCUAGGCUACAAAAUAUCAAAGAACGGAAUAACACCGAAUGAGUCGAAAGUAAAAGCGAUUAUUAAAGCACCGGUACCAUCAGAUGUGAUGCAAUUACAAGCGUAUCUAGGCAUGAUAAACUACUACAGCAGGUUUUUGCCAAAUCUAGCAACAAUACUAAGUCCAAUGUAUGAACUUCUACGCAAAGAGAAAAAAUAUGAAUGGUCAAAGGAGUGUCAGGAAUCAUUCGAGAAAACAAAAGCAAUGUUAGUUACCAACAACAUUUUAGUACCGUUUGAUCCAAAAAAACCUGUCAUAUUAGCAGUGGAUGCAAGUCCUUACGGGUUAGGAGCAGUGUUGUCUCAUGAAAUUGGAGGAGUAGAAAAACCUAUAUAUUUUGCUUCAACAACUCUUUCUCAAGCACAGAGAAAUUAUGCUCAGGUUCAUAAGGAAGCAUUAGCUGUUAUUUUUGGUGUCCAAAAAUUUCACAAGUACAUUUACGGCAUCAAAUUUAAACUGGUAACUGAUAAUACAGGUGUCAAAGAAAUAUUUAAACCGUCAAGAACAACAUCUUCUAUAGCAGUAGCUAGGCUGAGCCGAUGGGCAUUGUUAUUAGCGAAUUAUGAAUACGUGAUAGAGCAUAGACCAGGGAAAUGUAUGAGUCAUGUGGAUGGGUUAAGCAGAUUACCCUUGGCAGAAGUUUUAGAGAUAGAAGAUGAAUUCACACAAUUAAACACGAUGUCGUCUUCCUCAAUUGUAGAUAUUGAGUUGGUCAAACAAUUCCAAAAGUCAGAUAGUAUUUUGCAUAAAGUCUACAUAAAUGUGAAGUACGGAUGGUCAAAUAAUGUGAAUUGGGAAUUGAAAGAUUAUGCUAAAGUUCGCAACAGUUUAGCAAUCGAAGAUGGAGUGUUGUUUUUCAACGAUCGAGUAGUAAUACCAGAUAAACUAAAAGAUAAAAUAGUCAGUCUAUUCCAUGAAAAUCAUGAUGGGUUAGUAAGAAUGAAAAUGUCAGCUAGAAAACUCGUAUGGUGGAAAAAUAUGGAUAGAGAUUUUGAACAGUACAUAAAAGCAUGUCAAGUCUGUCAGUGUAGACAAAUCGUACCAAAAGAAAUAGUCACAACGAAAUGGGUACAAUGCACGCGUCCGUUUCAGAGAGUGCAUAUCGAUUUUUUCUUUUUUGAAAAUAGUACACUAUUCAUAAUAGUCGAUAGUUUUUCCAAGUUCAUGGAGGUUAAAAUUAUGAGAAGCACUAAUGCGGAAAAUGUCAUAGAGAUGCUUGAAAUAUUUUUUGCAUGUUUUGGAUUGCCAGAGGAAAUAGUGUCAGAUAAUGGUCCUCCUUUUGGUUCAGAAAAGUUUUUGUCAUUCUUAAGAGCAAAAGGUAUAAAAGUCAGUAAGUCCCCGCCGUACCACCCACAGUCAAACGGGUUGGCCGAGAGAGCGGUUAGGACAGUAAAAGAUAGUCUUAAAAAGUAUUUGUUGGAUACGAGAUUAAAACCAUUAAGUCUACAAAGGAAGCUGAAUCAUUUUCUAAUCAGUUAUAGAAACAGUCCAUGUACGGUAACUAAAGUCACACCAUCAGAGAGAGUAUUUUGUUAUGUACCACACACAUUAAUAGCAAAAGUAAAUCCUAUAAAAGGACAUGAAAGACAAGUCUCAACGAAGGAAGAAACAAGAAAGCAAGUCCAUGUGAUAAAGGAUCAAGAUGAAUAUGAAGAAGAAGAAGAAGUGUAUUAUAAAAACCACUUUAAGGAACAUAUGAGAUGGAUUCCAGCAAUAGUCAAAAAGAAAAUAAGUGGUUUAAGAUACUUGAUUAGUCUGAAUGGAGUAAUACGUAUGGUGCAUAAAAACCAAAUAAGGAAAAAGGAUAAUCGAAUGAAUAAGAAUGUAAUCAUAACACCAACAAAUGUAAAUAUUUCACAUAAAAGGAAAAGGAGUGAAUCAAGUCCUCCGCAGUUAAGACGUUCAAAAAGAUUAGAAGGACAACCAAGAUUGAAAUAUCCAAGAUAGAAGUAAACUUCGUUUAAGGGGGGAGAAUGUAGUGUCUAAGUAUAGGUAUAGCGUAAGCGUAUAGUGUAAGCGUAUAGUGUAAGCGUUAGAGAUAAGUAUAUCUAUGUAUAUGUAAGGAUAGGAAUAAAUCGUCAGUCAUAAAACAGUA